GAAGAAGAAGAUGGUCGUUAAGAAUGUUCAAGAUUUGGAUGUUCUUCCGAGGAAUAGCUCCGAUUUAUUCGAUGACGAUGGUCGUCCCAAGCGAACCGCUGUACCUCGGAAACUUCAACGGCCAAGACUUCAAUUUUGUCUCCCAGCGUAGGCAAUCAUGCAGUGAAACAGAUACGCUACAUCAGGGUCAGUUCUUGAAAGAUGGGCAAGAGCUCGUUUCUGCUUUCAAAAUCUUCAAACUCAAGUUUUUCAACUUCAAGAAUUCAAGAAACUGGUAUCUUGGAAUUUGGUUCAACAAUCUUUAUCUUAAUACUGAUAUCCAGGAUAGAGCUGUCUGGAUUGCUAACCGUAACAAUCCAAUCUCGGAACGCUCUGGAAGCCUCACAGUGGAUUCUCUUGGCAGAUUGAGGAUUUUAAGAGGAGCAUCAACCAUGCUUGAGCUAAGCUCUACGGAAACCAGAAGAAACACAACCCUUAAGCUUUUGGAUUCUGGAAAUCUUCAGCUCCAAGAGAUGGAUUCUGAUGGAUCGAUGAAGCGGGUUUUGUGGCAAAGUUUUGAUUAUCCAACAGAUACCCUUCUUCCUGGGAUGAAACUCGGUUUCGAUGUCAAGACUGGGAAGAGAUGGGAACUGACAUCAUGGUUAGGUGAUACUUUACCUGCUUCUGGAUCUUUUGUCUUUGGGAUGGAUGCUAAUAUUACAAACCGAUUGACCAUCUUGUGGCGUGGAAACAUGUAUUGGACAAGCGGGCUCUGGUAUAAAGGUCGGUUUUCCGAAGAGGAGUUAAACGAUUGUGGUUUGCUCUUUUCCUUCGUUUCAACCAAGAGUGAAUAGUAUUUUACUUAUUCAGGUGAUCAGAACGAUGCCAUAACAUUUUUUCCCACCAUAAUGAUAGACCAACAAGGCAUUUUGCAUAGAGCAAAAAUUCAUCAGACACGUAAUUAUGAUAGUUACUGGCAAAAUUCUAGGAAUCAGAAUUGUUUGGCCGCAGGUUACAAAGGUAACAACGUCGCGGAUGAGUCAUAUUCAAAUGGGUUCACUUCUUUCAGAGUGACAGUAUCUUCUUCCUCAAGCAAUGGUUUUGUACUUAAUGAGACUAGUGGAAGGUUUCGUUUAGUUGAUUGCAAUGCUAUAUGUGUGCAAAACUCCUCUUGUCUUGCAUAUGCUUCAACCGAGCUGGAUGGUACGGGUUGUGAAAUCUGGAAUACUUAUCCUACCAACAAUGGGUCGUCUUCUCAUAGACCUAGAACUAUAUACAUCCGUAAUGAUUAUUCGGUAGGCCAAGAGAAGAAAAAGGUAGCAGCUUGGCAAAUUGUUUUGGCAUCAAUGUGCCUAAUGAUACCUAUGAUUUGGUUUAUAAUCUAUCUUGUGUUGCGGAAAUUUAAAGUAAAAGUAAGUGUUUUAUUUCGUGGAAUAUACUACUUUCUAUGGAGAGAAAUCACUCCACAAGUGAUUGGUUUCAUACGGAGGAGACUUUUAUCAAUAAGGUUUGGUUCAACAAUAGACCAAGAAAUGCUACUACGUGAAUUGGGAAUUGAUAGGAGACGCCGACACAAGAGAAGUGAAAGGAAGAGUAAUAACGAGCUUCUGAUUUUUAGCUUUGAAAGCGUAGUAUUGGCAACAGAUGACUUCUCUGAUGAAAACAAGCUCGGUGAAGGAGGUUUUGGUCCUGUAUAUAAGGGGAAGUUAAUAGAUGGGGAAGAAGUGGCUAUCAAGAGACUAUCUUUAGCUUCUGGGCAAGGUUUAGUGGAGUUCAAGAAUGAAGCUAUGCUUAUUGCAAAACUUCAGCAUACAAAUCUUGUUCAGGUUCUUGGAUGUUGCGUCGAGAAAGAUGAGAAAAUGCUGAUAUAUGAAUACAUGCAGAACAAGAGUCUUGACUACUUCCUCUUUGAUCCCUUGAGGAAAAACGUUUUGGAUUGGACGUUGCGGUUCAGGAUCAUGGAAGGAAUAAUUCAAGGGCUUUACCUUCACAAGUACUCGAGGUUGAAAGUGAUACACAGAGACAUCAAAGCGAGUAACAUUUUGCUAGACGAGGAUAUGAAUCCGAAAAUAUCGGAUUUUGGAAUGGCUCGGAUAUUUGGAGCGGAAGAAACAAGAGCCAACACCAAAAGAGUUGCUGGCACAUUUGGCUAUAUGUCGCCGGAGUAUUUCAGAGAAGGACUAUUCUCGGCGAAAUCAGAUGUGUUCAGCUUUGGGGUUCUAAUGCUAGAAAUCAUUUGUGGAAGGAAGAACAAUAGCUUCCACCAUGACUCAGAAGGACCUUUGAAUCUCAUAGUUCAUGUGUGGAAUCUGUUUAAAGAGAAAAAAAUUCGCGAGGCGAUAGAUCUGUCUUUGGGAGAUUCGGCGCUUGAUUACCCUCAAGUGUUGAGAUGCGUUCAAGUUGCUCUGUUGUGUGUACAAGAAAACGCAGAAGAUAGACCAAGUAUGUUAGACGUUGUGUCGAUGAUAUACGGCGAAGGAAAUAAUGCUCUUUCUUUGCCUAAAGAGCCUGCUUUCUAUGAUGGUCCCCGGAGAAGCUUUCCGGAGAUGGAGGUUGAGUCACCGGAGCUGGAAAAUGUAUCCCCGAAUAUUACCAUCACGGUGAUGGAAGCAAGGUGAAUUGAUACCAAGAAAACUGAUAUAUUGUAGUAUGUGAAUCUCAUUGUUACUUGAAAGGUUUAACUUCGUAACAUAUAUACACGGAUUAUACAUUCGGGAAUUAGAAUA